UAAUGAUGAAACGAACAAAAAAAUAUCUAUCUGUCAAACGGCUUAGCACUUAUACGGAUUGAAGAAAGAAUUAUUGCGCUGUUAAUUGAAGCCUUUUUUUCUUCUAAAUUUGCGAUAGCAUUCCGACCGAAGUAGUUGUUCUAUUUUCAGAGCGAAAAAUAGAUAGUUUUUACAAAAGUUUGAUGAGAAUACAAAAAAAAAAAAUAAAAAAAAUAAUCACCAAACAAAAGGAAUGUGGUAAAACUUAUGUGAAAAUAAUAGUUCCGGAUUUUUACGUACAUAAUUAUCAAAUGACUCAUAUCAAUUAGUAUUAUUCACAUAGUUGAGCAUUACGGUGUUUUGAUAUCCAGUGUCGCAUUGUGAAUCGGUUGGAGAAACACGUACAACAAAUCAAAAGCCAGACACGAAAAACGGUUCAAAAUUGUCGCUUAUCUUAUCAAAAGGCGUAUUGAUAAAAGAGUGAGAAAAAAAAUUUAUUCAAUACAAAUAAUAUUGUGUUGGAAAAAGAUUAGCACAAACCGAAUUAUCGGAAUGUACAUUGUACAAGUGGCGGCAAAUAGUUAUUAGUGUUCACUUCACUCGAUUCGAUUCAGUAGUGUUAUAGUGUUGGGAAACGAGUUUGUUUUUAUUUGGACUAAAUUAAAAAUCGGGUAAAAUGGCGAGCACUCCGUCGACAUCGUUGAACGAUUUGAAUGAACUGUACAGUCAGAAAGAGUUUUAUAUUGGACUCGGAUUGGCUAUAUCGUCAUCGUUUUUCAUUGGAUCGAGUUUUAUCAUCAAGAAAAAGGCAUUGAUCCACUUGAAUCGUUCGGGCAGUUUACGUGCAAGCGCCGGCGGAUUUGGCUAUUUAAAGCAAUGGCUGUGGUGGGCUGGCUUAAUCACAAUGGGAAUUGGAGAAGCAGCCAAUUUUGCAGCAUACGCAUUUGCACCAGCAUCAUUGGUGACGCCACUCGGCGCAUUAAGUGUUCUAGUGACAUCAGUGAUGGCUUCAAAGUUCCUGAAUGAAAGACUGAAUAUCCUUGGCAAAUUAGGUUGUUUACUAUGCAUUCUUGGAUCCAUAAUCAUUGUGUUGCAUUCACCAAAAGAGGUCGAAGUGGAAGAUUUGGCCGAACUAAUGAAUAAAUUACAAGAUGCAUCGUUUAUUGUUUAUGUGUUGUUCAUUGGUGCCGUUUCACUGCUUAUCGCAUUUUAUGUCGGACCACGAAUGGGUCACUUGAACGUUGCCGUGUAUGUGAUUUUGUGUUCUGCUAUCGGCAGUCUUACCGUAAUGUCGUGCAAAGCACUUGGAUUAGCCCUGCGCGAUACAAUUUCCGGCAAAUCAAACGAUUUUGGCUUGUGGCUACCUUACGUGUUAAUAAUCACCACAAUCUUCUUCAUUUUUGUUCAAAUGAACUAUCUGAACAAGGCAUUGGAUAUCUUUAACACGAGCAUCGUUACGCCGAUUUAUUACGUUAUUUUUACGACUUUGGUUAUCGUGGCUUCGGCGAUUUUGUUCAAAGAAUGGCGUCAUAUGACCGUUGAAAAUGUUAUCGGAGACCUGUGCGGAUUUUGCAUCGUUAUUAUUGCGGUAAUUUUGUUGAACGCUUUUCAAAAUGCCGAAAUCUCCAUUGAUGAUGUCCGACAGUUGAUGAGACCAAGACGCGAUCCAAUCAGCCAAAAAUCACCAAUGCAUGAAGACGUGUUCAUUCGACAAUCCCACCGAAAUGAAUUUCGCAAUGGAUACGGUACGCACAGCGAUGAUUCAGCCAAAAAUCUAGUCAGACAGUUAUGACUAGACUAUGAAAAAUUAUAAAUGUACUGAAUGGCUGGCCAAUCAUAUGCAGAAAAAUAGCAGCAAAAAUAAACUUAUCACAAUUUUCUUACUCUCAAUUUAUUCAAUAGAAGCGUAUUUAAUAUAAAUUAUAUAAUUAUUUGGAGUUAAUCGUUUUUUAUAUGGAUUUUUAUUCUUCGAAAUUCAUUGUUUUGAUUAGUUUUUUGUUUAGAAUGCCACAAAUUGAACUUUCGUUCAACAACUUUUUUUUGUUUAGCAAUGAAACCAAAUAUGAAAUGAUAAAACACAAUGAUUUUUAUACGUUAUUAUGUUCCAUUCUAAUACUUAGGGUUUGAUAUGCAUUAUACUAAGUUGCAAAUAGCAAUAUAUUGUUACAGUUCAAUUAUAGCGAAAUAAUAAAUAGAUUUAAAUAUUUUAUACUUGAAGCGAAAAAUAAUUUGAAAAAAAAAAAAUCAAUAAAAUGCCUUAAUAUUUCAGAAA